UUCUACUGCCACCGUCGGGCGCGACUCCUGCACGCUCCUGCUCCGUCGUGGAAAACGGUCGCGUCCUGCUGCCAUUCGCGAUCCGGCCUGCUCUCGCGACGGAUCCCCAGCCGUCGCGCUUUCCCCCCCUCGGAAAACAUCGCUCACGGUGUUUGUUUCCAGUGUUGUUAUGUGUCGGCUUGAUGCACUCCAACUCUCUAUUUCCCCGGGACGGUCCUCUUCUGUAAACACUUGCUUUCAGAGGUUUCGAUGACCAUGCUGUUCCUUUGUCAUGGGCGAUGAAAAACCCCAACAAAUGUGGAUAUAUCUCGUUUCAACAAUAUGUCUGCUGUCUCUGAUCGCUUCAGCUGGAGGUGUGGUGUGUCCGAACGUGUGUAAAUGUGAAGAUGAAGUUCUCAGGGCCAACUGCUCCGGUUCUGGAAUCGAAGUGGUACCCAUCCAGCUCAAUCCCGACCUCCACGUUAUGGACCUAUCCAGAAACAAGAUCACUCAGCUGCAUUACGCCUUUACCUUUUACGCAAACCUCCGUACGUUGGAUGUUUCAAAAAAUAGAAUCAAAAACGUAGGUAGCGGCAACUUUAAAACUCAGACAGUUUUAAGUUUCUUGAAUUUAAGCAGCAACUCCAUAGAUGUGUUGGCAAAGGACACUUUCGAAGGACUGAGAGAGUUGUCGCAACUAGAUCUGAGCAACAAUCACUUAGAGUCGAUAAACCAGUAUGCUUUCAAGGAGUUACAUAAUUUAGCAGUGCUCAGACUUAACGGCAAUCAGCUGGAUUACUUCGAAGACGAUACUUUUAAAAGUACUCCCAAACUUGCCGCGUUAUAUAUAGAUGAUAACUCGUUCAUCGAGAUCCCCAGCAGUCUAUCGGAUUUGGUAGGGUUAAAAAUACUGUCGAUGUCCAGAAAUUUGAUUGAGGUUAUUGAAGACGACAAGGUGCCAAACCUGCACGAGCUACACACACUUAUUUUAGUUCAGAAUCUUAUAUUCGAGAUUCAACCUACAGGGUUCGAGAAUAUUCCGAAGCUAGACCACUUGGAUUUAAGCGAUAACAAUUUAACUGUUCUACCUACAGCUCAACUAACCAAGUUAACCAGGUUAACUAAUUUAAAACUUAACGGAAAUUCUUUUAGGUAUAUACCGCCAGUUGCAUUUAGAGGUUUAUUUCAUUUAAAGUACUUAAUGCUAAACAGGCUGGAGUUCUUAACUUUUAUCGAUGCCAGAGCAUUCGUUGAUAACAUCAACUUAGAAAAAGUAAGUCUGGACUACAACUACAACAUCAAAAGCUUGCCCACUAGGUUGUUUCAUGGAAACCCGAAGUUAAGAUACGUUUCGGUGAGAUACAAUUCCAUUAAAUUUCUUGUGGCCAGUCAUUUUCCUUUGGAUCAACUUGCUGAACUUAGAGUGGGAGGUAACCCGUUGGACUGUAACUGUUCAAUGGGUUGGUUAUGGAAAAUUCUACAUGAAAGUGACCAGCAGUCGAGAAUUAACAUAAGCAGCGUCCAGGAGGAAGUCCCUAAUUUACCAAUGCCAAUAGUCGCCAAGAGAAUUAACGACUUGAAGUUAGAUGUUGACGAUGUGACCUGUCAAACCCCUGAAGAACUGCACGAUAAAAAGUUGUUUGGUGCAAGUCAACGUCAGAUGGACUGUUCGAUGAGCUGGUUAGCCAUAGUCUCAGUAUCUUUAACGGUUGUUUUUAUAUUAGGUAUAAUAGCUGGGGUGUUUUUUUUCAUGCCAAAGAAGAAGCCAAAGAAAGAUAUAGAAAAGGAGCUUCCCAAAAUUAUCAAAACGAGCUAUAACGCUCCUCCUCUACCACCCCCGAGAAAGUCACUACCGAAUCACGACUUACAUCACAUAGAUAGGUAUAUAAUGCCACCUAUAAUGUUACAAAACAGAUCAUUGCCCAUAUGGGAUCCAUACGAGCAGCAAUGCAAUGGAGGGGGUAAUGUUUACGAACAGCUGAAUGACCACAGAGACAGACCUCAUAUUGUUUAUGUUUAAAUGUCCUAAAAGUUACGUAAACUAUUUUAAUGGGCAUAUUUAUUUCGGAAUAUAGAUUUUUUAUAAACGACCUUAUAGAAAAUAUGACAAGAGAUAUUUUAAAACUAUAAAGGUCCAGAUAACGUAACCUUUAAGUCGAAAUUCUUAUAAAUGUUUUAUUACACGGCUUAGAAAGAAAGUAACCCCUUAAGAAGAAAAAUCUAAAAAAAGAGGCAUCAGGUAAAGGUGGAUUUUUUUCAAGUUAAUAAUUAAAGGACAUCUUGUACAGAAAACAAGCAAAAAAUACAAUUUUUAAGAAGUAAAUUUUUAAAAUUUUCCGGGAAAUAUAAAAAAUAAUCAUUCUUUUUUGAUAUUUUUGUGGAAAAAAUGAAAAGAAAAAACAAAACAAAAUAUUUAUUUCUUUUGUCUAUGUGUAGUUCUCAUCAUUUCACCCCAUUUACGUGAGACAGAAAUCUUUCUGUAUUUAUCUUGAGCUCUAAUUUUCUGUAACGCAUUUAUCUCAUUUUGACACAUUCUGCUUAGGAACGAGAGAAAAAAA